AGCCAUUUUGGCUCAAGCGCGGCUGCAGCAGCGCGCAGUCCGUUGGGCAAACCACCAUUACACAGGACGGCCAACUGCGCCCCAGCAUAACCCAUAGCGUUCGCCAGAAUGGCAACGCUCACGGCGGUGGCGCGGGCGCGGCAUCAGACGCUCCUUGCGAGGCAGGCGGAGCCGCGGCAGCCGCGGCACAGGCGGGCCCCAACGCCGCGGGCAGGUUGUGCCGAGGUGGCCGAGGACGACGGAGGCAGGGAGCGCCGAGGCGGCCGAGGAUGCACGCUGCAGCAGCGCGCGAGGACCGCUGGCAGGCCGCACCGAGGUGGAGUGGCCCCCGCCACAGCCCAGCGCGGCGGCACAGCGAGUGUGAGGUCGUCCAUGCACGGCGUUCAGCGCCGGGCCCACGACCCGACGGAGAACGACGCGGCGAUCGCGGCCUGCCUCGCGGAAGCCGAUUUGGCGGAGCGCAGUGUCUCUCGGGACGAGUGGGUCCAGAGCGCAGAGCAGGGCAUCCUGGCUCGCAGUUUCGACGGGGACCUGUCGAUGGAGGAGCUGGACAGGCAGCGGCGCGCGAUGCGGCGCUUCGAGAUUCGUGCGACGCUUGCGGCGCGCGCCAGAAGGCGCAGCGACGGUGCAGACGCUGGGUUCAGCUUUAGCCCGGGUGAUAGGGAGGCCAGAGAGCCGCGCGCAGGCGCAGGCCGCACACGGCAAGGCGCUGCAGCCGGCGGCGCCAACCAGGAGGUCUGCUGCGCUUGCAUGGACCGCGAGGCGAACGCGCUGCUGGUGCCGUGCGGCCACCGCACGGUGUGCGUCGGCUGCGCCAGAAAGCUCGUCCCACCGAGGUGCCCUGUAUGCCGGUACGAGGUGCAGCAGAUAUCCGUGAUCGGGUGAGGGCCUGGCCCGCGAGCCGCCAAUCCGAGAUCGGCUUCGUUGCAUGCCAGCGCAGCACGCUCCGAUCUGGUCCUCGUGCCUCCCCCUUUUGGGGAGGAGGGGCGAGGGUCACACUUAGUCGCAGACGGUUCUUUGAGAGGACCAUCUGCGAUUAAGUGUGACCCUGCUCUGCUCAGGACGUACUUUCAAUCGAAUGCAUGUCGGUGGGGGUGCAAACUGCAGCUGGUGCUGUUGAGCACGUCCGAAGCCGAUCGACGACGGACGAUGCACAGUCGUUGAUCCCUUACUCGCUGAACGAUGCCGGAGGUAGUUGGCGUGAUUCCUUUUGUGCGUCUUCCUUUUGCGCAGCUCAAUAGUUUGAUCUUCGAACUCGAAUUGGCAUUGUCUGGGCAGGUAUGUUUUCUUAUAUUUGUCACGGAAGGGUCGUUCUAAUCAGGUGAACGCUGAUCGCUGUUGUGCUUUUAUUCGACAUAUGGGGUAUGGUAGACUCCGCGACGUUCUCAGUGUGCGAAGGGAGAAAAUAAAA